CACCCCCCAUCAAUUCUACGCAAGCAUUUUCACCUCACCGUACACACACGUCCCCUCGAAACUUCUAGCUUUCUCUCCCCUUUUAGUCGGCCAAUUCUCAGUCUCGCCCACCAAUUUCGUCCUCGGAGCGCGACUCGGAAACGAUUCGAAAGAUGUCAAAAAGAUGUUGAAUAACUAGUAGAUAUAUAGAACAUAUAUUGAAGAGCUAUCAACUGAGUACUGAUUGAUAGAGGGUUCAUACUGGGAGGGGUUUGAGUUAAAGAGAUUGGCAAGUAGAAUGCAUUGCAGAGGUAUUGUAGAUGCAAGAGUAACCCGUUCUGAGGAUCUUUGAAUGGUGUGCGGAAGAGGUAGACGAGGGUUUUGACGACCGAGAUACCGGAUUAUACGUCGAGACCCAGGACCUGUAUAUGCCGGUAGCGGCGGUCUGGUGGCACACGAGUACUCACCACAACAUCAAAAGCGUCGCUACCUUCCAUAAUGCGGUCACUUGGGAUAUCACGAAGGGGGCCACAUGCGAAGUUGUUACAUAUGGUUGGUGGGAAGCCGCAUGCGGGUGCUGAGGAUCAUGAGGAGACGGCAUAUAAUAGCACGCAUGUGGUUCCUGCCAUGGCAAUGAACGAGGAGGACACCACGCGGAGUCCAGAGUCCUCAAGCGAUGAGCAGCAACCGGCGCCUACAACACUCGCGGUCGGGAUGGAUGAGGACUUUAGUAAGAGCCCGGUUUCCUCAGACGAUGAGCGAGUUCCAUCACCUAAGCAUGCGCGAUCACCAAAGCCGAACGUGGAGAAGAAACCGGCAAGGGUUACACAAAUGAUUGAGGAACCUCCGAGAAGAAGCAGAAAGCAGCCAACGAAGAAGCUGCAGGCGAAGAAGUUCCAUCCGCCACAGCCAGGGUCCUUUACAGCAGGGUUAGAAGACAAGGAACGGAGCACGAGCGCUACCAGAGAGGAAACCGGAGGGAGUAAGAAGGGGAACAAGGGACAGGACUCACAUGGCUCGGUGGGAAAGAGAUCUGCGGAAGAGGUCGGGCGUCUCUUCAGCCCUUUUGGUUUCGAGCAUCGCCCUGUGAAGAGACCAUUAAUUGAACCCACCCCCAAUCUUCAUGCUCGGCCACCAGGUGCUUCGAGAACAGCCUAUGCCUCCCAGAGGAACUACGGAUCGGGCCCUUCAAAGGGUGUAUCAGAUACUGCGUCAGGUUUGGUCUCGAAAACCACCACUGCAAAGAAUAGGAAGAAGCCUAAGACGUAUACUACGAAGAAGCCAGAACCAACACCUGACCCAGGGGAUGAUCCAGAGUCCGAGGAUUCGGAAACCCUCGACCUAAAUCCGAAGACCAAGUCUCAUGCACAAAAGAAGGUGAAAGAAGAUCAUGGAUCAGAUUCAGAGGUAUCUUGCGUUACCUUGAACAUAACUGCUGCAAAGUCCCCGAAAGGGAAGUCACGAAACGCAAAGGACGCCAAAGUCGGAAAGUCAAACCAAGCCUCAUCACCCGCCAAACCAGCUCGCCCAAAACUCCUAGAGACACUAUCCAGCUACGGUCUUAAUCCUCUCUCAUCCGGCACACCCAAUACAGAGCUAUCAUCCCUCCGCUCUUUUAUAUCCAAUGCACCCCAAGAAUCCCUCCAACAUCUAGAGAAGUACCUAGCAGACCAACAAGAUCUCGAGCUUAGCUCCCAACAAAGCCGUUGCCCCUUAUGCCAUGAACCCAUCUCCGAGUCUUAUUUAGCAGAUUUCGAAAUGGCGCACCCUCAAAUGACUCCCCGAGACCAAAGGCGCUUCUGUCACGAACACAAAAAACAGAGAGCAAUGGAGCAGUACACAGAAAAACGGUACCCGAAUAUCGACUGGGAGAACUUCACCGACCGAAUCCAGAAACACUUCCCCAGACUUGAAGCGGUACUCACAGACACAACUCUAGAUCCAAGCCAUUAUAGACAGGUACAUGCCGACAAAGUCUCUGAAGGCAAAGAGCGCACGGCACUCUCCCUAGCCGCCUCUGACAAGAUCUUAGAGUCCACAACCGGAUAUUAUGGUACACGCGGUGCUCGUGCUAUGAUGGAAGCUAUCACCACGCACUUCUCGGACCUCAUCCGUGAGUGCAUGAUCAACGACCAGGUGGUCAGCUUUGGUGGUAUCGGCAAUUUUGUACAGAGGGUGUUAGUGCCUGAAUUGAGCUGUUGUCUUGUCAUGGAGGAUUUUGGCUGUGGGGACGAACAAGCAAGGGCUAUUGUUGAAGAGAGUGGCGAGUGUGGCGCCUUCGUUAAUGAAGAGGUUAUGGAUCGGGUGGUUGUCGUGGAGGAGAGCGAGGAUGAGGGGGAUUAAUGCUGAGAAAUUCUACGAUACUGAGCCUGCGGAAUGAAGAUCUGUGGGGCGAUUUUAGAGCUAUCUUGUGGUUAGUAUCUAUAACAUAACUUGGAGGUGGUAAGUAGGCUUCUUAGUCCUUUCUUCAGCAUAUUGGGCAGCUUGUGUUGGGAAGUAUCCUUGUUACUGAGGCUGAAUUACGAUGUUUUCCUUAGUCUUCAGUUGAAAUUAUUUUUCCUGAUACGGACAUCCGGCUGUCG